CCACGCAUAUUUCUGCGCACUCUCCGUCUUCUUAUCUGGCCCAGCAUAACACAGCUGCGCGCUGGACUGCAUGGUCUAAAAACAUAGCAAGGUCGAUUCAAAUAGGUCGCGAAGCUUCGGGAGAACAGCGGUUCAGUACAGAUUGUCACCGACAUCAGCAUGGGGGGUUAUGGGAGCAGUGAUUGAAGCGCCACUAUGUUUGGAGGGAACAAACAUUGGGAAAGAAAAACUCGUGUUUUAAUUCAAACGAGACACAGUUAGAUUCAUUCAACGAAAAUAAAAUUCCUAGUCAAUUUUAUAUAUUCGUGACGAGAUAAGAAAAUACAAGUUGAAUUUAUUAUCAUUAAUAAACGCAUUUCUUUUCAGCGCCCAUCGCUACAAGGGGCGUUGACGCCACUAUCACUCGCAAUGCAAUGCACGUCUUGAAACGGGCAGAAAGGCGCACUCGUGAAGUUCACCUGUUGAAAUACACCCCCCUCAAAGUUUGUGCUUUCUCUUUGUCGAAGUUUGUCUGAAUUUGGUGACGCGGGUAGCCGCAUCGCUUCUUAAUCUGUUCAGUCAAAAGCAGUGAGUUACGACCGCCAGAUAACUGUGUAGUUGUUUUCGUGCGAUUGCGCUGGCCGACGGGCUUGGCAUCCGACAAUAGGGGGUGCGAUCGCGCAAACAGCUCGCUUUUCCGUUCGUUCGGUCUGGCUGCUACGUCACAAAGUGGGCCGUCCGCAAGAUUUGUGAGAACGGGAGGGAGAGCACAGCCAAUAAACGAGCGAGCCCAGCCCCGGAAGUUUGCGUCACCAGUUUGAGCUUUGAUCGGGGACGAUACAUUAAGUGCAGAAUGUUUGCGAUGCUUUAAUAAUUAAACACGUAAUAUAAGAAAAAGAUUCUUACUGUUGCAACAUAUAAUCUGCCUUGAAAAUCUCAUGCGAGUGCAGAAAACUAAUUUAAGCGGCAUAUAUUUUGGUUUAGUCCGCUAGGUGGUAUCGCACACGUCAAAACAAAUUGGCGGGAGCGCGCAGUUCAAUUUCAAAAUCGCCGUUCGUCGGUUGCCAAAAUGUCGUCGCACAACAACGUCAAGCUUGGCCCUCACGUGUCGCCACACCAACGUGAACUGUUGGUGGCGUUCAUGGAGGGCCAUCCCUAUCUUGUGCGGGCAUCGUGUGCACUCACACCGGAGUGCACGGUGGAGCGGAGGCGGCAGCUUUGGAGUGAGCUCGCCGCCCUGCUGAACACUGAGGGCCCGGCCGCCAAGACAGCCGAACAGUGGCAGGUCUUUUGGCGGAAAGAAGUAUAUCUUUCCCGCCGAGACGCCACCACAGCUUCCGCAAGUCAAAGCGGCACGGGUGGUGGCCGUCUGCCCGGCCUUCGUGGCCGCAUCAUCGCCCUAGUGGGCACCUCCACGGUGACCGGAGUGUGCGAGGCUUUUUACCAACCACUCGACGAGCCCGCCACGGAGGUGACCGUGGAAUCUGUGGGCACCACCGCAGGAACCAGUGGCCUUUCACGUGAAGGAGCACUGCAGCAGCCAGGAGUGGGCCCUGUUGAGCCACUGCCCAGAAGCCCUCCAGCCACUGCACAGCCUGCAGCUGGCCCUGGCGGAGUGAGAACCAGCUACCAACCCCGGGUGCAGCGCCGGUCGCGAGGCCCUCGUCGGGCGUCCCACCGGGACGCCUUGGUCGAACGGCUCGCAGAUGACUACGCCAGGACCGUCGCACAGAACGACGAGACAAACGAACUCCUGCGUGGUAUCCGCCAGGGCGUAGACCGGCUGGCUGCAGCUACUGAGCGGGUCGUGGCUGCUGUGGAGCGGCAGGCCGACCAAGUAGCGGAGGCACUGCGGCCAGUGGGGCAGCUCUUGGGCCAGCUGAUGCAGGAGGCAGUGGCUGCAAGGAGGGAAUAGGCGAUUUGAAGUUUUACUAUUUAUUACUUGUAUUUUUUGUAUUAUUCAUUAUUAUUUGUUCAUUAUAACUUUGAUCUUGUUUUGUACAUUUGAAGUUUUAUUAUUUAUUACUUGUAUUUUUUUAUUAUUCA